AAUGGAGCGGCUCUGUACAAAGAACAAACCAAACAAAUAGGCAUUCAAAAACAACCACAAUAAUUCUGUUUUUCUUAGUGUACAUAGAGACUACAUAAAAACGCGUCUUUUUAACUGAAAGCAUGAACUUUUCUACGUGUAGAAAGUUGAUUAACAUUCAUUUGCUGCUUCUUCAAAUCAGCAUUUUCCUCGGAGAGCUGCAUCACUGUGCCUCUGUCACUUACCACCUCAGCAAUGAUGAGUGUAAAGGAAGUAACUUAGACAACAAGUGCAAAGGAACGGGAGAACAAUUAGCAAGGAUCACAGACUUGGCAAGUCUUGACAUUGCCAAGCAAGCCAUUACCAAUCAAGGAAUAAAAUACUGCACAGGGUUAAGGUAUCAUAAGAGCAAAGGAUACUGUUGGAAAAGAGAUGACGACGAUGAUGAUGAUGAAGAUGAUGAGGAUGAUGAUGAGAAGGAGGAGGAGGAGGAUGAUCAUGGUCAUUGUAAUGAUCCUGCAAGUGAGCCCAGCAGUAUACUCGACACAGCAAAAAAACAUUCCUGGAACAAAGGGUGGUAUUGCUUUUUGGUUGAUAAGAAUAAAGUGAAACUGGAGGGGAAAAAGUGUCAGAAUGCUAAACAUCCAUAUAUUUGCGAGAAAGAGCUGCAUCAAUGUGCCUCUGUCACUUACCACCUCAGCAAUGAUGACUGUAAAGGAAGUGACUUAGACAACAAAUGCAAAGGGAUGGGAGAACAAUUAGCAAGGAUCACAGACUUGGCAAGUCUUGACAAUGCGAAGCAAGCCAUCACCAAUCAUGGAAUAAAACACUGGACAGGGUUAAGGUAUCAUAAAAACAAAGGAUAUUGUUGGAAAAAAGAUGAUGAAUGUGGUGUAAGUCAGCCCAGCAGUCAGAUCCUUGACACACAAAAUGAAGGAUCCUGGACACAGGGGUGGUAUUGCUUUUUGGUUGAUAAAAAUAAACACAAAUUGGAGGCAAAAAGAUGUUCAGAAGCAACUCAUCCAUAUAUUUGCGAAACAGGGGAGUUAUCGUCAGAAUUAUCAAUACCAACUAAAUUUAGUUCUGUGCAACCAGCGACCAUUGUUACCAAAACGGGAACUGAACUAACUUCGACCACAACGCCAGAAGUAUCGACAAGAAAUGUACCUAAACUGACAACACUAAUCAUGAUAACAACGGAAAUAUUUCCAACCACGUGCACGUCGACAACAACAGCAACAGCAGUUGCGACAACGGUCACUACUGCACGACUAACUAGUAGUUCACAGACAACCUCGUCAACAACAACAGCAACUGCAGUAGCAACAACAGGCAUUGUUCCAGGACUAAUUGGCAGUUCACAGACGACCGAUUUGUUUACCGUGAAAGAAACAUUAAUCACGGCUGGUGCUGUAUCAUCCCUCACAGCGGCCUCCACCGUCAAAACCACCACACAGGAGAAACUGUCUGCCGCAGUUCAGUUGCGUCAAUACAUAUCAGUGAUAAGUGCUCUCAAUGUCAGCGAAGAAACCUCUUUACAGAACGCUACAGAAAUAACCACCAAAUUGCUUAGGACUUUGAAAAAAGGUAACGUCGAUGGCGAAGACAUCAACGUGCUGUUAGCGACCCAGGAAUUGGAGAAGUUCGCCAUUAGUUACGGCAAGAUUCACAACAAAGCAAACGAGAGUAGAGUCCUUUCUGACAAGCUCUUUGCAAUAAAGAUUGAGAAAAUAUCAGCGGACAACAAAGAGGCCAUUACAUUCUCUGUAAAUGAGACAGGACACUCAACGAAGGAGUAUAUUACUAGCAUUUCACUUCCACCGAGGAUUUUCAAAGGGCAAGAAGCUGUUGUUGUUAGUGUUAUUUAUAAUGACGUCAACGUAUGGAUACCUGAUGCAAAGGACGCUGAGUUACACGGAAUAAAGUUUACGAACUUGCAAGCUGGAAGUCAAAUAAUUGCCAGUACAGUAUAUCCUGAACCCUCAGACACUCUUGAGGAAAACGUCACCAUCGCAUUCAGCUACGAUAAGGAAGUAAAGAAAGGCGAUACACCACAUUGCGUUUUCUGGGAUUUCACACUCGAGUCUAAAUUAAACGGCUCCUGGGCGAGUAGGGGAUGUUCAUUAGUCCAAACAAUGAACAAAAAGAUCAUCUGCACCUGUAAUCAUCUCACAAACUUUGCUGUUCUCAUGCAAGUUGAGGACAAAAAGGUGCCCUCGCACCAUACAAAGGCGCUGAAAGUGAUUACUUACGUUGGUUGUGGUCUGUCGCUUGCGGGAGAACUGCUGACGGUACUAGCCUAUUGUGCCUUGAUGAAUCUAAACCAGGAACAAGUUCAAAUACGCUUCAAUCUUGUGGUUGCUAUAGCGAUCGCUCAAAUUGUAUUCCUUUCCGGAAUUGACGCUUCGGAGACCAGGGGAGUGUGCGUCUUGGUAGCGGCAUUAAUCCAUUAUUUCUAUCUGGCGGGAUUUGGUUGGAUGCUAUUUGAAGGGAUUUACCUUUAUUUGAUGGUUGUUAAAGUGUUUAACAUUGUGGUUAGAAUGCGGCUAUUCUACCCUUUUGCCUGGGGCUUCCCUCUUGUGAUGGUGGUGUUAUCGUUAGUGAUUGCCUCAAGCCAAGAUGGCAGCGUCAAUAGUUAUGUUUACGGUGACUUUUGCUGGGUUUCGUUCGCUAAUAAUUUAAUCUGGACAUUCGCCGCGCCCGUUCUCGCUGUUUGCUUGAUAAACUCCACGAUUCUAGCUCGAGUGUUAUAUGAAAUUACGAAGAUGCAAAGCGACAAGACAUCCGAGCUGGAGAAAAUCAGGCAGGGCUUAAAAGCAUGUGCCGUCCUGUUUCCUCUACUGGGAAUGACUUGGGUGUUUGGUCUUUUAAGCGUGACGGAUGCUGGACUUGUCUUUCAGUACAUCUUCACCAUUCUCAAUUCGCUUCAGGGUUUGUUCAUCUUCCUAAUUCACGUCCUAAGAAAUAGCGAUGUGCGGGCCGCUUAUCUUCGGAAAAAGCAAAAGUGGAAAGAGUUGAGGAGCAUUUCAACUUCACGUGUGUCGUCCAAAGGUGUAGAUGUCUCCUCUAACUCACUGGCAAAUGAAGACAUUCAAGAACUAACCUCCAGGAGGAUCGACAGGCCUCGGUCAUCAGAAGUAUGCUACACAAAUACGAGUAUUGUGGAGCAAGACAGAAACCUGACUCCUGUGCAAAUGUAAAAACUUGUGGCACUAAUUAAUCAGACAGGUGUCAAAACUAUAGACGAUCGCACUUCGUUCUCAUAGUUUAGUAAGAACUUCUCUGCGCUUUAGUUUCAGUAUAUGUAUGAAAACCAGUAACCUUUAUAGACCAGCCAGGUAUUGAAUUAACGCCCGAGAGAAAACGAAGAAAUGUGAUCCCAGAUCACACUUACAGCCGCAAACCAGAGCAGACGUCUAGGGGUUCUGUUUGUGUCCUUACGUUAACAAAUGUUUUGACAGGUGCUUCUAUGACGGCGUCUUUCUGUACCAACAUCAGCAAAUUGUUUCUCCAUAUCAGACUCAAGUAUACGUACUUCUUCGGGAAUUUUUCCCUCUACCACUGUCUUUUCUGCCUCUUCAGCAACCUGUUAGACCAUCACCCUCGCCAUAAUUUUCUCACCAACCUAAAAUAAAUUAUUUUCGGGUCAUAUACCGAGAAAGGAAAAAUAGUAAUGCAAAACCAAUUACCCAAAAUUUCAUGCCCGUGGCCUACAGGUUACUGGUUUUCAAGUUAAUUUACCGAUGAAAAUUAGUAUUACAAGUCAAAUAAAAAAGGUAAGCUUAAGUAAACAAAAGGACCUACCUCUCUUCUUUCUUUAUUUUUGCGUCUUCUGCUUCAUAGGGUUUGGAAGCGCUUUGGAAGCUGAAAUUUUGCCCAGUGACCGAUCAUUGUAAUAGCUUUCCGUUGGCGAAUAGAAAACGAGUGCCAAAUUUUGAGUGAACUUCUCCUUUAAUUUUUUGGAUGGUUCUUGAAACGAGAAAAUAUGAAAUAGUGAUUUUCAGUAGAAGUAGUGGGCUAUAGAGGAGAGAAUCCAGAUGACUUAUCGUCAUUACUGA